GGUGCUGCAGCAGCCGCAGCGCCGGCAGCGGCUCGGGCUCCCGCUCCCGGGCAUUUAAAGGGGACGCGGCGGCGGCCCGGGGGGAUGGGGGUCAAGUGGAGGGGACGGCUCAGACGCACAUCAUCCACGGUCCCUCUGGACUGGAGGGACUCGUGAGCCGAAGCCAAGAAAUCCGGGGGUGGAUAAGACACCGCGUCCCCUUCCAAUUCCCGUAAGCACCGCUUACUCCAUCCUGCGCCUAAAUACCUUACCUAGACCCCCUCCCCACUCCUUACACUUCAAACUCUGCCAGGACAGAGUUCUGCCGCCACUGUUCCCACCCUGAGAGAGAAACUUAGAGAUCCUGACCUCUUUUGGAGACCCUCUUGGUGACCACAAGGAUUUGAUCACUCAGGACAAAGCUGCGAGAGGAGCUCUGCAGAACAGCUGGAGGCCAACAGAGUCCCUAGAGGCGGUGAUGAUGAGUGGGUGUCUUCCAGUUGCUGGCCUCCGAUGCCUGACUAGGGUAUGCCGUGGCCUGGCGAGGGAGGCUUCUACCUUCCCAAGCCCCACUGCUUCUCCUGCUGCCCGCUUGCUUCGGACUCUGGCAGAAACCCCACCUGCUGACACGUUCCUCCCAGGGAAUUGGCAAGUGAUUAGUGAUCAGCUGUCAGCACAGGGCUCUAAAAUCCCUGGAGAAGCUCUGUCUCAUCCCUGGACCCCUAUCCAGAGCCAUCUGUCUGGAAGCAGCUCCCAGAGAACCCCCCUGGGUCUUAUGUGGUCUUGGACGUGCCAGCGCCUUUGGCCGUGGCCCGCUAACCAGCCUCUCCCUGGCCGGCUCCCGCCGCGCCCCCUCUUGCUUGUCCCUUCUUCCUCCUCCUGCUCCCCUCCCUCCUGCUCCCAGGACAGCGGGAUGGCUGCUCAAGGCACACCGCGCUUCCUUUUGACCUUCGACUUCGACGAGACCAUUGUGGACGAAAACAGCGACGACUCCAUCGUGCGCGCUGCGCCGGGCCAGCGGCUGCCCGAGAGCCUGCGAGCCACCUACCGCGAGGGGUUCUACAACGAAUACAUGCAGCGCGUCUUCAAGUACCUGGGUGAGCAGGGCGUGCGGCCUCGGGACCUAAGCGCUAUCUACGAGGCCAUCCCCCUGUCUCCGGGUAUGGGAGACUUGCUGCAGUUUGUGGCCAAGCAGGGCUCCUGCUUCGAGGUUAUUCUCAUCUCGGAUGCCAACACCUUUGGUGUGGAGAGCGCUCUGCGCGCCGCCGGCCACCACAGCCUGUUCCGCCGCAUCCUCAGCAACCCAUCUGGGCCUGACGCUCAGGGACUGCUGGCGCUGCGGCCCUUCCACACGCAUAGCUGCACGCGCUGCCCAGCCAACAUGUGCAAGCACAAGGUGCUCAGCGACUACCUGCGCGAGCGGGCCCACGAUGGUGUGCACUUCGAGCGCCUCUUCUACGUGGGCGACGGUGCGAAUGAUUUCUGCCCCAUGGGGCUGCUGGCGGGCGGUGAUGUGGCCUUCCCGCGCCGCGGCUACCCCAUGCACCGCCUCAUUCAGGAGGCACAGAAGGCCGAACCCAGCUCCUUCCGUGCCAGCGUGGUGCCCUGGGAAACGGCCACCGAAGUGCGCCUCCAUCUGCAACAGGUGCUGAAGACGUGCUGAGCACUGCCGCUAGAGGGGGCGCCCGGGGCAAGAGCGGGGAGGAAGGGCGGGGAGGGGAAACUGGGAAAGACAAACCUAGUUUUACUACUCCCUUUCCCCUUUGGCUUUGCUAUGUCCCUCCGGAAAUUUCUGGAAUUUCGUUCAUUUGGGGGCCGGGAGAGGAGUUCUGAAUGGUCCUUAACUAUGCAGUUAACCCAGAUCGGCUGCUGUCCCCUGCAGCAAACCGUUUAA